UACAUCAGUUGUGGAAGCGCUACGUAUGGCUAACUUGCUUUCAACAUGAUGAUGUGCGUGAAAGCUCGCAAAAGUUGGUUCUGUUCGUGCCUCCUUCAGUUUUGCUGUCAAAAAUAUGAUAUUUUUCUUUUCGUAUGAACAGGUGCGCCUGUUUCUUCUCGCCUGUUGAAUGUUGAAUCUGUUGGUUUGCUGCAUAUGAAGGAGGCCCAUGGAUAUUUCCUUGUAUACUUAAUUUCUAUUUUGAGGACCUCAACUUGCACUAACCAAGUGCAAUGAUUACGAAACUAAGCAUGGUAUGGCUAACACUCAGUGUUAUGGAAGCGACUCAACCAAAGGUGGAGGAAAAUCCACUCCUAGCGGUCUUAAAGUCUCCAUUCUAUGUGGACAAGACCCUUUUCAUCGAGGUUUUCCACGACACUUUCACUUCCCCCAUUUAUUUCACAGCCCCCCGCGGUUUCGGUAAAACCACCAACUUACGCAUGCUCAAAGCCUUCUACGAAAUAAACACUUCCGAAAACGGAACUAUCUUGAAGAAAGAAGAAACAGAAACCUAUAAAGCUCUCCAAAAGGCGAGGACCAUCACCGCCACAAGAGCCGGUCGAUCACCAAUGGACAAAUUCUUCAAUUCAUACUUCGGGAGCCAACCGGUCAUCUACCUUACUUUCAAAGACAUCCACCACGACAGGCAUGAGAUCUCCAUGAACAGCCUAAAAUGGCUGAUGAUCCAUGCUUUUAAGGCUCACCCUUACUUAAACACUUCAGAGAAACUGACGCCAGAGGAAAAAACACUAAUUACACAAUUUACCAACAACGAAUUGCACAACGAUACGGUCAUAGAAAAUAGCGGUGGCAUCCUGGUUACGCUGCUAAGCAAGCAUUUUGAUAAACCGUGUCUUCUGCUGAUGGAUGACUUUGACGCAUUGGUCAUCAAGAUGAUCACCUAUGGUUCAGGACACGAGGAACAAAUUAUAAACAGCGUUCAGAAGUUUUUGAACACACUGCUUUCGGACAGAAAGAUAGUCAGCAGAGCUUUGCUGACUGGAAAAACGCACUUGGCCGGUUACUAUACACCGCCUGGCUUAGUGAAACACUAUCAGUUCGGCCUCCACGCGGUUUUAACAAAAUUUUACGGUGCGAGCGUAUCUGAGGCGCGGGAAAUAACCAAAAACCGCCAAGUUCUCUACAAACUAAAUCAUGACUACAAAGGGUUCACCUUGACGAAUACGAAUUACUCGAAAUGUAUUUACGAUUUCGAGACGGUUGUCAAAUUCCUGGAAAAUCGCAAUCAUACUCGUGUUCUUGACUCGGUCAAAUUCCUGGAGCCUAUUCUUGCAGAUAAGGAGGUCAGAGAUAGGAUAGAGCUUGCUAUCCGGAUGGACGGAAUUUUGAUCACCUCGCCUAAUGAAACUGAUGUCAAAAAGUGUUUCGUCACCAUGCAGAAGAUUUUCAGAUACAGUCAGGAUCUCAUACCUAAUUAUAAGGACUAUAACGAUACCUCCGGUAUGUUCCAAUCCAAGCUAGACCUGCAGGGUCCUAACAGGGACUGCUUGUUCUACUAUCUCGUGGAAUUGGGCUACUUUACGGUUACCAAGAGCGAUGAGGCCAACCUCACAUUGGUACUACCCGACGCGGCAGCCUACGACACUUUGAGCGCGCAGCUGGAGAGGUUUUGGGUGAACUACCUUCACAUCGCCAAUGUCACCGCAAGGGGCUUCGUUGAGUCGUUCAUGGAGCUUACCUAUGAAAACUCUACUUUAGAAGCGUUCGCGUGCAACGUGACCAUGGUAUUCAAGGAGUCUCCGCACCGACCGACCUCCGAGGCUGAUUUGAGGUCGCCGCUGUUCGCGUUUCUGGCCACCAGAGUGCAGGACUACCCCUUCUUGGAGCUCCGGUGCGGCGAGGACCCGCGCGACGGAUACACGGACCUCCAAGCCGUAACGCAGCGCAAGAAUCACUCGCGCAAAGGGGUGGUGAUCGAAUUCAUGUAUAAUAAUUGCAGUGUAGAGGUAUUCGCUAAACAUGUCAGGACGAAGCGCUACUGGGACCGAUUCAAAACCGUCGAAGAUGAUAGGGAUGUACUGAGAUUCCUCGUUAUUGGAAUAUGUCUCAGCAACGAAGACGAGUUCAAGUUCACUUUCAUUUACGCUAGUAAAACACACGAAAAUGAAUACCUUGCUACCAAGAAGAUCAAGCGGUGGAAGUCAGAGAAAAGUUAAAAACACAUUGACAGAAAUACUGUCGUGCUGAGGAAGGACGCCGUAUGAGUCAUGAGUCGUUGCCACAUUUCCUUCAAUAAAACAUG